AUGUCCCUCCGCCCGUUCGCCACGAGCCUCCUCCGGCCCGCACUCCGCACCAAUGCCGCGCCCACGCUCCGCCGCACGCUCAUCGCCGCACCCAAGCCGGGCUCCGGGCCGCUCAUGACGCGCCGCGCCGACCGCGAGCUGCCCUCGGUGUCGACGAAUUCGUGGCGGUGGACGCUGACGCUGCCGCUGUUCGGCGUCAUCCUGGCGGGCUCGACCGCCGCCAUCUUCAACUACCAGAAGCAGUCGUCGUCGGUCGUCGAGUCGACCAUGUACGCGCUGCGCACGCACCCGGCCGCGCGCGAGGCGCUCGGCGGCGAGAUCUACUUCGCGUCGCGCAUGCCGUGGAUCAGCGGCACCAUCGACCAGCUGCAUGGACGGAUCGAUAUCAGCUACGGGGUGAAGGGACGGAGUGGGAAGGGCGUCAUGAAGUUCAGAAGCGAGAGGUUGAAGAGAAUGGGUUAUUUCGAGACCCUGGAAUGGAGCUUGAUAACCGACGACGGCAAAACCAUUCAAUUGCUCGACGUCAACGGUCCCGAUCCAUUCAGGCGGACUGCAGACGAUGACGAAGACUAA